GAGCCGUCGCUGUACACCGUCAAAGCCGUCAUCAUCCUGGAUAACGAUGGAGAUCGGCUGUUUGCCAAGUACUACGACGACACGUACCCCAGCGUCAAGGAGCAGAAAGCCUUCGAGAAGAACAUCUUCAACAAGACCCACCGCACGGACAGUGAGAUUGCUCUGCUGGAGGGACUGACUGUUGUCUACAAGAGCAGCAUCGACCUCUACUUCUACGUCAUCGGCAGCUCCCAUGAGAACGAGGUGGAUGGGGAUUGGG